GUGGAGGAAGACCCAGCAGGUUGGCCUUCAGGUGGACUACGGCAACGACAUGGAUGUCAAAAGAUUUGUUCGGCGAUGCUCUGUGCUGCCCCUUGUUCCCAUAAAUGAUGUGGAGACGUGUGGCUGGACACCAUUGCAACGAUGCCUGACGACAGACGCUGCACGCAGUUGGCAGACUACGUCACCUCAACAUGGAUUGAGGGCGACUUCUCCCAAGCUAGCUGGAACCACCUCACCCCUGACGACCCCCGCACCAACAACACACUGGAAGGAUGGCACAACAGGGUGAAGAAGUUGGUGUGCAAGGCCCACCCCAACAUUUAUGAACUGAUCCAGUUCUUAAAAAUGGAGCAGACAACAACGGAGACCAGGUACCUGCAGUACGAUGCGGGCCAAAGGAGGUCUCCCAAGAGGUGGAAGUACAGAGAUUUGGACAACAGACUGGACCAGCUGAAAAUGAGACUCCAGGACAACUUCGCCGUUUUGGAGUAUGCCGAUGCAGCAGCACACCUGCUUAGUUUGUAAAUUAGUGCUGUUGAUGAUGUAUGUAACAUCGAUGUACAUGUGAAAAUAAAACAGUUUUGCCAUU